AUGAUGAUGAUGAUAUUAAAGCAACAUCUAGUGAAGAGGGAAAAAGAAAUUGAAAUGGGUUGGAUUCCUUGUUCUGGAAGUUCAAACACUAAGAAGAAGCUAAAGAAGAAGUUGGAGAAGAUGGAAGUGCAGAACAGCCUGGUUGAUCCGAUCAAAGCCACCCCAGGGAAAUUGAAGAGGAAUUCGUCCAUGAAUUCCAAAGAUUCCUCUAAAAAUGGAAACGCUGAUCACAUUGCUGCACAGACAUUCUCAUUCCGUGAGUUGGCAACUGCUACUAGAAACUUCAGAGCUGAAUGUCUUUUGGGUGAGGGAGGCUUUGGCAGAGUAUACAAAGGGCGUUUGGAAAAUAUUAAUCAGAUUGUUGCAAUUAAACAACUUGACCGAAAUGGGCUACAAGGGAAUAGAGAAUUCCUUGUUGAAGUGUUGAUGUUAAGUCUUCUUCACCACCCUAACCUUGUCAAUCUAAUUGGUUAUUGUGCUGAUGGGGAUCAAAGGCUUCUAGUUUAUGAAUUCAUGUCAUUAGGAUCAUUGGAAGAUCACUUACAUGAUAUUUCUCCUGGGAAGAAACGACUUGACUGGAACACACGGAUGAAAAUAGCUGCUGGGGCCGCAAGGGGGUUGGAAUAUUUACAUGACAAAGCUAAUCCUCCUGUCAUAUACCGAGAUUUAAAGUGCUCCAACAUUUUGCUUGGUGAAGGAUAUCAUCCCAAGUUAUCUGAUUUUGGUCUGGCUAAACUUGGUCCUGUGGGGGAAAACACCCAUGUAUCAACAAGGGUUAUGGGAACCUAUGGAUAUUGUGCUCCAGAGUAUGCAAUGACAGGCCAACUGACUUUGAAAUCAGAUGUUUAUAGCUUUGGUGUUGUUCUUCUGGAAAUAAUUACUGGAAGGAAAGCAAUUGACAAUUCAAAAUCUGCAGGAGAGCAGAAUCUGGUUGCAUGGGCAAGACCCUUAUUCAAAGAUAGAAGGAAAUUCUCACAAAUGGCUGAUCCAAUGCUGCAAGGUCAAUAUCCUUCAAGAGGGCUAUUCCAGGCCCUUGCUGUUGCAGCUAUGUGUGUUCAGGAGCAGGCCAAUAUGCGUCCAGUUAUAGCUGAUGUUGUCACAGCUUUGAGUUACCUUGCUUCACAAAAAUAUGAUCCCAAUACAGCUUGUUCUCGCCUUGCUCCUGGUACUCCUCCUAGAACCAAGAGGGGAUAG